UGAAGAAGGGUUUCGGCCCGAAACGUCGCCUAUUUCCUUCGUUCCAUAGAUGCUGCUGCACCCGCUGAGUUUCUCCAGCAUUUUUGUGUGCGUCCCCUUUGAUGUCUCGUUUUCACACCUUACACUCCCUAAUCUCUGUGUCUCCCUCUUCCCUGACUCUCAGUCUGAAGAUGGAUCUCGAUCCAAAACGUCACCCAUUCCUUCUCUCCAGAGAUGCUGCCUGUCCCGCUGAGUUACCCCAGCUUUUGUGUCUAUCUUCAGUGAUUUAAAAACACGCUUCAAGAGCGCCUGUGGGCGGGUGAGAGCGUCGUCAAGCCGCCGAGGCGGGGACUGGGUGACGUUUCAUCAACCUGGCACCGAGAGGUUGACGGCCGACAUUACUCGUCAGUGGCGCCUUUGAUCAAUAAGUCAGUGGAAACGAAUUGAACUCAGCUGCCGAUAAAAUGUCUUGAACGUUGCGCGAAGAGGGUAACACGUGACUGAAUCAUGUUCCUCCAGAGGGCUUGGUGGCUUGUGGUGACGCAUGUAUCCAUGCAAGUCACUUUAUGUUUGACAACUGAAUAUGCCUAUAUUAUUCCUGAGUCGCCAGUUAUUCAAAAUGGAUCGCAAAUAGAGGCAUCGUGCAUCCUUACUGAUACUUAUGUAAAAGAAAAUGGAGUGGAUGCAGAUCAGAUAUUCUGGACAUUGAAGGGAAACCGAAUACCAAAAGACAAUGUCAUCACAGUCAAUAAAACAGUGUCCAAUGUAACGCUGACCAUUUCCACUGUUGGUCUUGGACUUCUGACCUGCAAUGUACAACAUAAUGAGGAUCAAAUAUCAACUGUCUUUGGAAUACAAGUUAAGACUGGAUUGCCUCCGGAGAAACCAAAAAACCUGACGUGCAUAUCAUAUUAUAAUCGGAAUUUGACCUGCUCCUGGGAUCCAGGAAAAGAGACAUACUUGCCAACCGAUUAUUAUUUUCAUUCAUCAAUUAACCCUGGAAACAAUGAGCUACGCAAAUUGCCAGCUGGUGUGAACAACUCUUAUACAAUUUUAUACCCCUCAAUUAAUUAUUAUGUUCUAUCUACUAUAUGGGUUAAGGCAAAUAAUUCCUUGGGCGAUGUAAACUCUGAUAAAAUACAAAUGGAUCCAAUUAAUGUUAUAAAACCCAAUCCUCCAGAAAUAACUUCCAUUAAACAAGUACCAGGAAUGAGCACAGUCUUGCAUGUAAUUUGGCAAAACCCAAAUCUGCCAUUGAUGUACAACUUGAAAUACAAUCUCCGAUACAAAAUUGUCAAUGCAAAGGAUUGGACACAGGUACCGCCUGAGGAUACAAAAUCAAUUCGAGUAUCUUUCUUGGUUCAAAACUUGAUACCUUUUAAUGCAUAUAACUUCAUAAUUCGCUGUAGCCACAUUAAUGAUAAUAGCUACUGGAGCAACUGGAGUUCAGAGAAAAUUGGGAUGACUCCUGAAUCAGUGCCAACAGGAAGACCACACAUUUGGAGAACAAUUCAAAAUCUACAAUAUCCAAAGAGAAGAAUAGAUAUCAUGUGGAAGGAACUUGAUAAGUCAGAUGCCAAUGGAAUUAUUUUGCAAUACGAAUUGAAAAUUAAGCAAAAGAAUUCUUCGAAAAUCAAUACUACAGAUCGCGAGUACAGUAUUAUCAUUUCGCAACUCGGUUGUGAAAUUUCGCUUAUUGCAAGCAAUUCAGUUGGCAGCUCUCCGGAGGGAACCUUAAUAGUACCUAACACAUGGGAGACAGAACCGCCACCUGUAUUCAAUUUCAGUGCUUAUCCUCAAGAUGCUCGCUUGAUGGUGGAAUGGGAGCCACCCACGUCUACUAAAGUAGUUAGUAGCUACAUUAUAGAAUGGUGUGAAGUGUUCACCAAAGAUUUGUGUCGUGAGCCCUUGUAUUGGCAAGGGGAGCAAAAAACUGUGAAAAAAACUUUCUUAAAAGCAGAUCACAUCAUGCCAUUCAAGCGUUAUCGUAUAACUAUUUACCCUCUGUACAGUGGUCGUCCAGGAGUUCCACGUUCAAAAUUAGCAUACUUGCAACAGGAUCGUCCAGUGAAUGGCCCUUCCGUUCAUCUGAAACGUGUGGGGAAAAAAGAAGUUGAAUUGAUGUGGAAAGAAAUACCUGUAAAUGAACAACGUGGUUUCAUCACACAUUACACCAUAUUUUAUAAGAGUGGCAAUUCAAAUGAAUCAAGUAUUGUUGUUAAACCACCGCAGCAAGAGUUUGUACUGAAAUCAUUAAAGGGCAAUACUUUGUAUGUGGUACGUGUCAUGGCAUCAACAGCCAAAGGAGGCACAAACAGCUCUGAAGUUAAUUUUACUACUUCAAAUUUUGCAAAAGGUGAAAUUGAGGCAAUUGUGGUACCGAUUUGUCUAUCUUUCCUCUUACUUACCAUGACAGUGACACUACUCUGCUUCAAAAAGAGGCAUCUGAUUAAGACCUAUGUUUGGCCAAAUGUUCCAGACCCUGCAAACAGCAAGAUUGUUGAUUGGACAUCUAGAAAUGGAAAUCUUGCCAAGAAUCACCUGGGCCCAAAGGAUCCCAUGAAUCUGGAUGGCUUUAUUUCUGAUGUUACUAUUAUUGAAGCUGAAGCAGAUGAUAAAUACCCAUCUAAUGAGGAUGAAAUCAAGCAAUUGUCAUCUUUGAAGAAGGAAAAGAGUACCUCAGGAGAGCACAGCAGUGGUAUUGGAGGUUCUUCAUGUAUGUCGUCCCCUCGGCAAAGUGUUUCAGAUAGCGAUAGCGAGUCAGCACAGAAUACUACAAGCACAGUUCAGUAUUCAACGGUACUUGUGAGUGAUAAUGGUUACAAGCGUCAGCAACCAUCAGCUCAAGUUUUUUCACGGUCAGAAUCAACUCAGCCUCUUCUAGAAAAUGAAGAAAUAUCUGAUGAACAUUCAUAUGGCAAUUUUGGAAGCAGCAGUACGGAAGUGAAAAGACAGUAUUUUAAACAAAAUUGUCAUAUCAAGGAGCCCAGUUUGAAUGAACUUCCUUCAACUGAAGGUGAAGUCAUGGGUGAUAUAAAUGAAGGUGGCUCCCACAGACUGGGUCAAAUGGAAGUUUCCGACCAGAAUUCUGAAGGAUCUUGUCCAGCUAUUGAAGAAUUCUCCAGCAAUGAUAACCAAACUGUUGUAAAACUCGACCUUUUGGGAUUUAGCAGAUGUUUAGAAACUGAUCAGCAAAGUUACAUGCCUCAGGGUGUGAAGCAUAACAGUUAUAUGCCUCAGUCAAAAUAGGUCUACACUUUGUACUUGAGGUGAAACAUCUUUUAUUUUGGAGAUCAUGAGGAAAAAUGUGGACUCCUGUUUAAUCUUUAUAUUUAUCCUAAGCCCAAAUCAUUUGAAAUUUGACUAAUUGUGGUUAUACUAAGAACAUUGUAUCAACAUGCCUUUAAAUAUUGUGUAUGUAAAAUCAUAGUCACCAGUUUUGGAGCACGAGUUGUUUUCUGGUUUCCAGAAGUAACCUGGCCCCUUGGCUAGCCAUUGCCGGUGAACAUCCUUAACUUUACUGCCGGCUUUUGGCCAUGCAUGUACCCAGUUCCUGGUCCAGCAGCCAGCUAUACACUUGGUCUGUCCUGGUCAUGCUCCUAUACACCUGUUGCCAGAGAUGUUGUUUUCAGUAGUUUCUUGAGAAUAGAUGGCUAAGGCAGAAAUAGGUGAGCAUGUCUAUCUUAUUAUAGAUAAGGCCGAGGGGAGGGAGAAAAAAUCCUUGUCUGCAUCUCAGAGGAAGGCGGUGAUCCACAAAGAUGAUUUCAACACUAGAGUAAGAAAAGACGUAACCCUCUGGCCUGAUGUGAUUAAGAAAAGCUAACUCCAAAUGGGUAAUUCUGGCAAAAUGCUUGGAGCAUAGAUGUCACAAGUAGCACCCUUGUAGUCGGAGAAAACCACUAGAUCUCAUAACAAUUCCAUCUGAGUGCUUGAAUGUAUUGGAGUUAAUCAUUACUGAGCAAGAAAGUACAAGGAUGCCCACAUCACCCACAAUAAAAGGCAUUGAUGACUGCACAACUGAUCACCCAGAGUCCACUCUCUAAUUCCCAUCAAUCUUCUCCCAAAACACCACUAUCAAUAGAAAUUGUACCAUUAAAAAAAAUUUAAGCUCCUGUACCCUGCAAAGGUGUAGUACAUCCCAGAAAGUGCCUCCGCCAACCUGUGAAUAGACUCCCAGUCAAUAGAAAUGCAAAUUGAAACCUUUACAAUGCUUCAAUUAAAAAUAAAUGCUCGAUUGGCACCUGAAGGCUGAAAUCCAACAGAAAACUCAUGACCUAAAGAACAAGAUUACAGGAACCCCAUCAACCCAUGACAUGAACACCCAAGGCCCUACCCCACAGAGAGACAGGAAAGAGGUUGAACUUAUCAAGAAUGGAGUGAACAUCCUUCAUUCCAUUUCACAGCAGCCUUUUCAGUUAAGUAUUGACGCUGUUUUUGACCAACAUGGAGACAAUGUCCAUGCACCAACUAAAACAAAACAAGGCAGCAACAAGAGCAAUGCUGGAGUACUAAAUCUUGUACAUAAGCAGUUUUGACAACAAUUUCAAGACCUCAUCAUCCACACUGGUAAAGAGGGGGUUGGUUAUUCCAGGGAACCUCAGAUGCUGUAAUCAAGAAAGAAGACUUCCAGCUAGACUUCUGAUUUUGUAUAUAGUGUGGUCUCUGCUGUCAACCUAGAAUUGCGGUGUGGAAUUCAUCCAAAUAUAGGAGUGGUGAACAUGCUUUUGACCGUGUGUCUCAAAGAGAAACGCAAGGAAGCCUGGCCUUUUCUCAUCCUCAAUAAAACCCUUGAUUUUGUUAACUGAGAAAAGCUGUGUAGUAUAGUCUACCUGCAGAAAUUCAUUUCCAUCUUGCGUAUGCUUCUUGAUUGCAUGCAAGCCUGAUAACAGCCAACGGAGCCAAUCGUAAUGAAAACCAGUGUCAUGGAAAACUGCGUCGUUGCCUAAUGCUUUUUUCUGCAUUUUUCACUGUAAUGUUGCAUCUUGCCACCAAUCUACUGGGCUAAUGGAAAAUUGUUGAAUCUAGACUACUUUCACUCCUGAACGAAGGUUGCUCUAACUCAGGAGUCGAGUUGCUGUAAAUAAAUGCAGGCACUUGGGCACAUCCAUACCCCAAGCUUCAAAUCAUCGUUCACUGAAACAUACGAGCAGAAGGAUGGACUGUAUAUUCACAUCUGCAGACAUAUGUCCUCUACCAACAUGCUUUCUGAAAACGAAAGUUCACAGCAAGACCCUGGGGAGAAAAGGACUGCUACCCAUAUCUCACGAGUCCUUUCUCAGCAAUGACAAAUAUUGGCAAUGAAAGUCAUCACUUUCAUUGCACCUGCAGACUUUAAUCAAUUGAGGAAAAAGUGGUGUUUGAAGAUCAAGACCUUCAGCAUGCCCUUUAACAUGAUCUGUAUGGCAGGUUGGUCUGAAAGGUUAGAUGUGCACAGUGAUGCAUUUGGGGAAUUACCUUGGAGUGGGGCACACACAGUGAAUGUUGUACAGAGAGACCUUGGGGUACAAAUACUUUGUUCCCUAAAAAUAGGAACACGGGUAGGAAGGCAUAUAACAUGCUGGCCUUCAUCGACCAUGACAUUGCGUAUUGAGUAAUCAGUAAUAUGCAUAGCGUAGAUAGCCAAUGUUUGUUUCCCAUGGUAGGAGUUUAAAACUCAGGGGGCAUAGAUUUACGGUGAGAGGGAGGUUUAACAGAAUGAAAAUAUAAGAGGAUGGUGUCAAAGCCUCCCUGGAAAAAGUUAUCUCCCCUUAACCCUUGGGAAUCCCUGGCCCAUGACUGCUCAAAGUGCACAAGAAGCAUUCAGGAUCUCCACACAUUAGGAAACCAAAGAAGUCCAGGUAAACAACAGGAGUAAUGCCAUGCCUCCAAAACCAAUCCAUUCCCUGCCCCACGAGGCACUUGUGACUUACAUGAAGAUCUCCCAUUAGCCUCGUAGGUUAUUUCAGAAUCCAAGAAGAUGAUUUUAGAAGUGUUAGCAUGGCAGAAAGAUUGCACUUUGGUAAGAAAGAAAUGCAAAGCAUUGUGCUUUGUUGUCAGGUCAAGCAGAUUACUUGUAUUAUAAUGGGCCAGAGAAAUGUUUAUAAUCUUUAAGUAUGGUUAUUUUUUUUGUUAGAAUAAAGUUUCUUUGUCAAAUUUAGGUCAAUUGAUUUUUUUAAAAAUUCUAAUGGUGGCUAUCAUUUAGUUCCAUAUACAGUAUUGUUUUCAGGGACUGGUAGUAAGCAUAUUUGACCUGGAAGGUACAAGAUAAAUCUAGGUAAUCAAAUAUAUUAAUAAUUAUUGUAAAUAAAAUGUACCAAUUUUAUCCCUUGGCUGUACUGAAUCAUUUUAUUUUUCCAAAUAAAAAAUCAGUGAAAAUGGUUAGGUGUAGACAUGGUAAAACACUACAAACAUUUUUGACAAAAGAUAAACUGGAUUCAGACUAGAGAAAUGAUUUGCACGAGUACAGCUUUUUACUUAUUUUUUUAAUGUAAUUUUAUAAUACAUGGUUUAUUUGGGGGGUGAUAUUGCAAAUACCCAAAAUGUGAAUACUGCCACUGGAGCAGUAAGUGUUGUGUUAUGUGAAAUACAGCAGUCUUAGUUCUCCCAAAAAAGGCAGUAUUUUGAAAUGUCUACUAACCGGCUGUGAUGGUGAAGUAAUUGCCGACAAAGUAAUUCAAUUAUGAAUGCUAAUAGUAGUUUGUCUGUAUGGCGGUGUUAAUUUUGCACCUCAUGAAAUUCAUGACUAAAUGCAUUAUGAAAUGUUUAUUUUAUUGAGAGUCUAAACUUUAGUUUUGUUUUUUAUUCUUAAUUAUUGUAAUUUUCACACCUAAAAGGCCUUUUCUAUACAUUUGGGAGACGUAAUGAACUGCAGAUACUGCUUUACCAAAGAAAAGAGAGUGCUGGAGUAACUCGGUGGGGCAGGCAGCAUCUCUGGAGAAAAUGGAUAGAUGAUGUUUUAAGUCGGGACCCUUCAGGCAACCAUUUCGCCGAACACUUGUGCUCGGUCUGCCACAGCCUGCUUGAUCACCCUUUGCUAACCAUUUUAACUCCCCUUCCCAUUCCCAUAACUGUCCUGGGCCUCCUUAAGUGCCAGAGUAAGACCCCAUGCAAAUUGCUUGGGUAGCUUACAACCUAAUAGUUUGAACAUUAAAUUCACCAAAUUUAGGUCACUAACCUCCAAAAAUCCCCACCGUCUCCGAUUUCCCGUCUCUUCCAUGUGCCUUACCUGGUUUUGCACCCAUUUUUCCUGCUCCCUGUUCACAUACUGAUAUUUCUUUCUCUGGCUUCAUAAUCCGCUCAUCAUCUAAUACUUUGUCUUUUCAUCUCUUACAAUCCACCUAUCACUUGCCAGACUUUGUCCCCCUUCCCCCUCCCCCGUCCACUGCAAUCAGUCUGAAGAAGGGUGCUAGUUCUGCCAGAGCUUUAAAAAAAAUCUUUUGUUCAUAUUUUCAUUAUACCCCCUUUACUUUUUCUGGGCAACUUUUUGUAACCUGAAUUUCCUGCCUCCAAAGCAUAGUAAAAUCAAGGAAUUAUUUAUACCUAAAAGAUACACCGUGGCAUUAUGCAAUCUCUGGAAGAGCAGUCUAACAAAUCCCAUUUCGCCUUUCUUUCCCCAUUACACUGCAGAGGUUUUUCUUCAAUUAUUUAUCUAGUUUCCUUUUUAAAAAUUACCGUGCAAUUUGCCUCCAUCCCCUUUUCAGAUAGGAAUUGUGGUUUUAGAAAUUCCUAUCAGGGAUCCGCUUAUUGUUCCGUUCCUCUGUAUUAAUAGAAGGACUAAUGUUGGAAAAAUAUAAACUUACAGAUGUUUUAAAAUAUAUUUAGAUCACCUACUAUUUGGUAACAAAUUGCCCCCAUAUGACAUUUUUUCCACAGUUAUAAACAUUUGUCAUUUUACAUUACAAUACAAUAUUCCAAUGUACCUAUAAAUGCAUUUAUAGGUACACUGGAAUAUUGUGUUGUAAUGCAAAUUAUUUACCUUUUUGGAAUCUAACUCAUGUCCUUCAGAUUAUAAGUUUUAUUUACAGUGUAUUAAAUGCAAUACACAAGAAUUUCCUGAAAUGUUUGUGUUCCAAAGUGAAGAUAUGCUUGGUGUGAUCACGUGCUGUUCGGGGGAAUAAUGUAUCAGGACUAUUCUAUUAUUGUAUUUCAAGAAUCAUAAGACAAAGUAUUAUUUGUACAAGUAGGAAACAAUUUUAAAAUAUCCAGCAAUAGUUCAGUAUAUUGCCAAUAUAGGUGGUCGUUUGGGUUAGUGAUAACUAAUUUGGAGGCGGUAGUGCGCUUUGAAUCUAUGCUAAUAUUGUGAAAAACAAAAAUAAAACUUGCUAGAAAUCUAAGAUAAAAACAAAAUGUGAGAGGCUCAUAACAGACCAGAGCAUUUUGGAGCGAGAGAAGAUUAAUGUCUCGGGUCAAUGAGCUUUCAUCAAUAACAGGUUAUCAACCUGAAACAUUGUCUAUUUCCCUCUCCACAGAUGCUGUUUGAUCUGAUGAGCAUAUGAAGCUUUAUUUCUGUUAAUAAUAUUUCAACACAAACAACAUUUUAUUUUAUGAAGUUUAUCUUUGUAAGUGCCUAACAGUAAGAUUUGGUGUUUUAAGAGCUUUGAUCCAUAUUACUGGUGUUGAAAAGAUGCAUUUGAAAAGUUAUACCACUGGGGCGCAGCUACUCAUUAGCUUUCUCUUGUUUUAAACAAAGUUAAUCAUAACGGGAGAAUUACGUGGAUAUGUUAAUUCUAACUUCGAACUUCUCUUUGUACAUGUUUUAAAGAGUAAACGUGUCAUCCAUAUUCUUAUUAAUCAGUAUUAUCUGGUGGUAAUUAUAUCAAACAAAAUUCUGUAUGUUUGAGAUUUAUUUCUUUAGUCUGUAAUCAUAAUGUAUUAAUGUAUGGCACUUUUAAAAGUAUGUUUAUUCAAACUUAAAUUCCAGUGAACCUUUAUAUAAUUAUAUUCUUAAAUCUAGAGUAAUUCUGCUCGUAAUUAAGGUUGUUCAAUGAUUUGGUUAAAAUAAUCAGUCUGCUAAACUCUUGGUAUUGCUUUGGAAUUAACGUAUACUUAAAUAGAGAAAAGACUAUCUUUAAAUAAAUUAAGUAAUGUAAACAAAAAAAAAUAGGAAGUUAAAUGACUCAUCACAAGUAUACUCGGCUUCCUAAAUUUAACAUCUGGUUCCUUCCGAGCCAUUAUUUAACAAUGUUUAGAUAAUGAUAAAGGAAUAUAGCACUCAAAACAUUACAAUAUGAAGGUGGGAUAUUCAAAUAGGUUGCUAUUUUACUAAUAUUUUUGACAAUACCAAAAUCUCUCGACAAUGUAGAUUUUCUGUUACACUUGCAUGACUAAACCAGACUAUUAAAUGCAUGUCUCUUCUGGUUUAGUAUACUACAUUCAAUGUUGCUGAUUUCAAGCGAUUUACUAAUGUUUGGUAUAUUACAUUUUCUUGUAAUGCAGAAUUUUAAAGACCCACAAUUGAGCACUGGAUAAAAUAAUAUUUUUCAAACUUUUAUAUAACCACUGUGUGCGUGUAUAUGUAAUCUUUUUCUAUUUAAAAAACAAAUAAAAUCCCAAUUACUA